AUAAUGCAUUGACAGGGGGGGCGCAGAGAUGCUAUGUCAGUAGUGUGUCACGUGCCCACAAGCUCUCUGUCUCGCGCCACCGUCUGAGCCUCCUCCCUUAUAUCAACCAGCAACGGCAGCACACUGGAUCAAUUCGGAUCAGCAAUCAUGCGGCCGCGCGGAGAAUACGCUCAUCCUCGCGCCUCCCUCCCUGAACGAGGUCCUUAAAUGACCCACGGCAACUAAGGAGCUCGCGCUUUCCCUGUCCGGAUCAUGGCAUGCGCCCCAUUCCGGACUUCCACACGCGCGGCGCCGAGGCUCGAGAGCAGUGAACAUGGGGAUCAGGUCCAGAAAUGCCACUAACGCCGCCGAGGAUUCACGCGAGCGGAAGAGCGCGCUGGCCGGAGACCUGGAGCAGUGCGCGGGGCAGGAACGGGACGGCGCGCUGCUUCUCGUCGGUUCGGUCCGGGAAUCGGACUUCAAACGGGGCUCACAGAACAUCGGUCUGCUCGCCAAGACGCCCCUGGGCUACACGCGUCCUGUGAAGAGGAAUAAUAUCAGGACGCGACGGAUCCAAACCCUCAUCUACGACGCGCUCGAGAGACCACGAGGAUGGGCGCUGCUUUACCACGCGUUUGUGUUUCUGAUUGUUUUGGGAUGUCUGAUUCUGUCUAUUUUAACAACGUUCAAAGAGCAUGAGGAAGAUUCGGCUCACUGGCUUGUGAUUCUGGAAACAUUUACAAUCUUUAUUUUUGGGGGUGAGUUUGCUUUGAGGAUAUGGGCCGCCGGCUGCUGCUGCCGAUAUAAGGGCUGGAGAGGACGGCUCAAAUUCGCCCGCAAACCGCUGUGUGUCCUGGAUAUCUUUGUGCUGAUCGCUUCGGUGCCGGUGGUUGCCGUACGUAACCAGGGAAAUGUGUUGGCCACGUCGCUGCGCAGUCUGCGCUUUCUGCAGAUCCUUCGGAUGCUACGAAUGGACCGUCGUGGAGGCACCUGGAAACUGCUGGGAUCUGCAAUAUACACUCACAGCAAGGAGCUGAUCACAGCGUGGUACAUUGGCUUCCUGUCAUUGAUCCUGGCAUCCUUCCUGGUGUACCUGGUUGAGAAGGAUGACCUCACCACCGAGCUAACAGACAUUGACGGCCCCUCCCCGACACCAGCCACGCAGGACUUUGACACCUAUGCAGAUGCCCUCUGGUGGGGACUGAUCACCUUGACAACCAUUGGUUACGGUGACAAGACCCCAAAGACAUGGGCAGGACGUCUUUUGGCCGGGACCUUCGCUCUUAUCGGUGUGUCGUUCUUUGCUCUUCCAGCCGGGAUUCUUGGUUCUGGACUGGCUCUGAAAGUGCAGGAACAGCACAGGCAGAAACACUUUGAGAAACGCAGACAUCCUGCAGCUUCACUAAUACAGGCUGCAUGGAGAUACUACUCCACCAACCCCGUCAGAGAUGAUCUCAUCGCCACAUGGAGAUUUUAUGAGACUGUGAUCUCUCUGCCAUGCUUCAGGAAGGACCCUCUUGAAGUUAUGGCUAGUCAGAAAUUGAGUUUGUUGGAACGCGUGCGGCUGUCGACACCGAGACCAUCAACAGUAAGAGCCCGUGUGAUGAUGCCCGCUGCGAAUCCUGAAAGCGUGUCGGGAAACUGCGGGCUGGCGGAGGCGAUUGAGGAGAGUCCAUCAAGAGAGGGCAAACCAGGAGGGUUCAGUAACAGAGAGCGAUUCAGAACUGCUUUCAGAAUGAAGGCCUACUCCCUGAGACAGAGUUCAGAGGAUACAGGUGGUCUUCCUGACCCCACCCCUGAGGAGAAGGGCUUCCCACCUGACAUACUGUUGGAGGAGAUGAUUCCAACUCUCAAAUUAGUAAUAAGAGCACUGCGGAUCAUAAUGUUCCUGUUGAGUAAGAAGCGUUUUAAGGAGACUCUGAGGCCGUAUGAUGUAAAGGACGUGAUUGAGCAGUAUUCUGCAGGACAUCUGGACAUGCUUACCAGAAUCAAAUAUCUACAGACACGAAUAGAUAUGAUUCUGACACCUGGACCGCCUCUCACUCCAAAACACAAGAAACCCCAGAAACCACCUUUUCCGUACCCCUCACAGCAGUCACCUAGACAUGAGUCAUAUCUUGCCAAAGCAAGCCUGCCAGAUCCUGAAGACCAAAGCAUGAUGGGUAGAUUUGUGCGAGUCGAGAGACAGGUGGAAGACAUGGAGAAGAAACUGGAUUUCCUGGUGGAUAUGCAUAUGCAACAUGAUGUCACGGGCCCCGGCCACAUGGCCAUGGAGCGCUGCGACCCCACGUUGACCGUCAGCGUCGCAGGCGACCGCGUGUUCUGCAGCUACGGCCCGCCGCUGCACAAUACACCGUAUUACACGCAAUCCAACACGCACCCACUGAGACCAACCGUCCUACCCAUCAGCCCACUGCCAAGCCACUCCCCGUCCUCCAACGUCAGCCAAUCAGGAGGCCACAGGGUGGGGACGCCGCUGUCAAUGUUGUCGGUCACUCACGAGGAGCUGGAACGUUCGCCCAGUGGGUUCAGCAUCUCCGCUGAGAAAGAGGAGGUCACGGGCAAGGCCUCGGGGUUAACGACGGGGUCGAGCUGGGGUCGCGAUCGCCGAUAUUUAGCGGAGGGCGAGACAGAUUCGGACUCUGAUCCCUUUACCCCCAGCGGACCCAUUGCACCCUCGUCCACCGGAGACGGGUUCCAAUCCGAUGGAGCGUGGGGAACACCACCCUAAAGACACACACACACUCUUUAUAAAGACUACAGACUUUGUACAGCACAAAAUGACACAUAAAGACACAGACAUAAUAAUACUCGUCAUAUCUAAAUAUGUAUCCACUUCACGCUUUACCCCUGCAAAGUCGGGCUGCACGAUAUAUUGAAAUAAAAUCGAUAUCGCAAAAUGGUUUAGUGCGAUUUUCAAAUUUCAUUUCAUUAAAUAAAUACACAUGCUACUUGCCAGCCCCGUCAAAAAUAAAAACUUGAUGGUUUACAU